AUGCAGCUCGUAUCAAUUCUUCUUCUUUUUGCUGCCUUGAUUAUUUCGGAGUUUUCUGAAGCAGGUUUGAAAGCUUUUUUCCACAGAUUUAUACAUUGACAAACUUACUAGUAAAUUAACAUUGUAGAAAAAAAUUACAGCAGAUAACUUAAGCGAUAGCAUUUUUAAAAAGACAACACUAUCUGCAUAAUUUCAGCUCCUGAAAAAAGCGAGGCCUAUGCAAAGAGGGGUCUUCACUUCUUCCGACUUCGAAGAUCUUCGGCAUGUGUUGCUGUGCCUGAAUCGACUAUUGCUCAGAUAAAGGUGAGUAAAUAGUCUCUUGAAAUAGGAUUUUAUGUGUAAAAGGCUCUUUCAAACCUAACAGGUCUGAACUCACUUCCCUGCAACAUUUGAUCUAGUAGAGCACAUAGGCGUUGCUUAAACUCAGACUGAAUGUGGCCAGCAGACCCUCGGAAAUGUCAAAAAUACCUCCCAAUUAUUUUAAUAAAACCGAAUAAUUAGGCAUAACUUUGUCUUUAUAUGUGCAUACUAUUUAUUUUUAGUCAUCUACACGUCCAGGCUUUCGUUUCAAAUUAUUAGGUCUUUAAUUUUUUGGACGCUUAGGCUGUGAUUUCUAAUUCGUUAAUGGACAGUUGAAGCUAAGGCACAUGAUGUUGGAAGAUUGUAUAAAUGCAAUAAAGAGGGAUUCGUCAGACAUAUAACAGUUACAAAACCAAACUGUAUAUUUAGAACAUAUUUUAGAAGCGUAACUUUUUUACGGGAAGGAUUAAAAUGCUCACUCACUUAGCUCCACAACUAGUAUGCCUCAGUAACUGACAGUAGAAACAUCCUCAAAUAUUUAAGCAGUUGAAAAAAAUAUAAUGGACGUUAUCUUUAAUAAAUAUUUUGACUGAGCCUUUUAAAUGCCAAUCUACCACUUUCUUCUUUCAUGUCUAUUAGUCCUUAUAAAGACUAGACGCUCGUGUAAAAUGAUAGAGUACGAUUGAUGAAAGACAGCGGGUAUGCUUUUCUAUUCUGCGCCGAAGGAAAACAGACAAAACUCAUUUUUUUUCUUCUGCAGACAUUUGGGAUCUGCCCGACUGCAACUACGAGUGCCGAUGAAUUGGAUGACUAUCUGCCCUAA